GUGGGGGAAUGGGAGGAGAGGGAGAGGGAAAACCUAAUGGCGUUAGGUUUUCGUCCAUAGUAAGGGAAUCUUGAGUCCAAAUACAAACCUCAAGAGUAUCUGAAGAAUUCCCCAGAUGUAAGGGUAAUUUGAAAAUUACGCCAAAUUUCGAGCGUACCUGAGAAAAUUUCCAAAAAAAAAAAAAAAAACAUAUAAGUUCGCGGGUUCGUAGGCUCGCUGUUACAAACAUCUUUACGCCAUUUCCAAUGUCUCCAAUCUCUCUCCUCCUUCGCCGCGCAUACUCCUCAUCUUCAGCAGCAGCAGCAGCACUAAAUGCCGCUUAUGAGGUCAUUUUCAAAGAAUCAGACCUCAAAUUGGUAGUCGAAACCUUCAAAAAACACACCCAGAAUCCUAGAUUCCGUAACAAAUCUUCAUUUUAUGAGCACACUGUUCAACGUUUAGCCAAAACAAGGAGCUUCAAUUUGAUUGAAGAAAUCCUCGAAGAUCAAAAACAGUACAACGACAUUACUGAAGAAGGUUUUACUGUUCGUCUGAUUUCGUUAUAUGGGAAAUCUGGCAUGUUUGAUCAUGCCCACAAACUGUUCGACGAAAUGCCUCAACUAAACUGUAAAAGAACUGUCAUGUCCUUUAAUGCCCUUUUGAAGGCUUGUGUUAGUUCGAAGAAAUUUGAUAAGAUUGAUGGGUUUUUUCGUGAAUUACCUGGGAAGUUGUCGAUUAAACCUGAUGUUGUGUCUUAUAAUACUUUGAUCAAAGGUUUAUGUGAGAUGGGUUGUUUGGAUUCAGCUCUUUUAAUGCUUGAUGAAAUGGAAAAUGAGGGGUUAAAACCUGAUUUGUUUAGUUUUAAUAUCUUGCUUGAUGCUUUUUACAAGAAGAAGAGGUUUUUAGAUGGUGAGAAAAUUUGGGGUAGCAUGGGAAAGUAUAACGUGGUUCCUGAUUUCAUAAGUUAUAAUGCAAAGUUACUUGGUUUUGUUUUAGAGGAAAAGAUACAGGAUGCAGUAGAGUUAAUUCAAGAAAUGAAGUCUCAGGAUGUGAAGCUUGAUGUGACCACUUAUAACAUUUUGUUCAAAGGUUUGUGCAGUGAUGAGAAAUUUAUAGGUGAAGCCAAGACAUGGUAUGAUGAAAUGAUGAAAACCAAGUGUCCGCCAAACCGCCAGACUUUCGCUACAUUGCUAAGAUUUGCUUGUAAUAAUGAAGAUUUCCACUUCGCUUCCCGGUUGUGUAGAGGGUUGUUAUACCGGCAUUGUCGGUUAAACGAAGGGGGCAUGCUGCAGAAGGUUGUAGAUGGGUUAGUGAAGCAGUCUAAUAUUAAGGAUGCUGAGAUAUUGGUGCGGCUUGGCAAGGAUAGUAGACACUCUUGUUACCACAACGUCAAAAUGCCUAUGUUUGAAAAGUGAUAUAUAUUUCUUGUGCUCCUUACUCUUUUGGGUACUUAAAAUAAGAAUUGCUUUGUUAAUUAGCUCUGUUAAGAGAAGCUGCAUUAUUAAGCCAGGUGUGACUAACCUUUGUAGCUAAAGAAAUCUUAUCUGUUCAUUUCUUGUGAGAUAAAUGACCAAUUUCAUGAAGUUAUUUUGCUUCAUUGCUUGUAAUGUGAACUUCUGUACUGGUGCUUAGUCCAACUACAAGUGGCAUUUUACUCACAGUUAUUUGGCAUGUAGGCUAAAGAUACUCUUGA